AUGGAUUAGGAAUAGUAAAAAUAAGCGAGAAAAUCUAGAAACCUUAAACUCAUCACUAGACCUUAGUGGAUCACCAUCUUCUCAGUAAAAAAAGAAACAUCUUAGCAGGAACCAAGUUAAUCAACAGUAGUAACCAGGGCAAUGAUUGAAUUUAGAGAUUUGGGUAUAGAUAUUUAAAAGAUCAUCAGUUAGCCUAACAAGAUUGAGCCAAAUGAUAUGAUAAUGAUAAUUGAAGACGAAUAGAAAAAUUUAUCAAGAAAAGAAAAAGACAAACCAUUAAAUGAUAAUGACCUUGAGAUGCCUCCUCUUUAGCAACCUGAAGUAGAUGAUGUAUGCGCAAUCUGCCUUAUACAAUUUGAAGAUGAUGACAUCAUCGAGGAAUUAAACUGUGCUCACAGGCAUAUAUUUCACCCUCAAUGUACUAGAGAAUGGCUGAACAAAAAAAAAGAGUGCCCUCUAUGCAAAAUGCCAAUAGAUAAUUCUGCUCUUCGGUUUUUUAAAGCCGUCGAUGCUUUUGGGAUUACUAAUAAAAGUAAUAAAAGUGGUUAUGUAAGUUAGAACCACUAGGAGGUACUGGAGAGCAUAGAAUGA